AAUUAUUGCUCUCCUGGUUUGUCAAGUCGACCGAGGUCAUCAUUUUUUGUUUUUUCCUGUCAUUUGAAAAGUCAAAAAUUACUCAUAAAUAUAGGUUCAAGAAUGGCGUAUUCUAUGUUUGAACGUCCCAAAUUACAUAAUGCAAAGUCCUUAAAAUUUUACCCAGAAGAAUACGAUCACCAUGUUUCGUUUCGGCAUAAAAAUUUACCCCCAGAUUUUGAAUUGACGGUGGAAAAUUACAGCAAUCAUCAGGUUAGUCAUAUUAAGGACAAAGAUAAAGGAAAUUACUCAAUUCAAGCGCAAAGUUCAACACAUAAGAAGUGUCCAAUCUACAUUCACAAUUUCACUAAAGUGCAUCACAACGAUGGUGAUUUCGUUCCAAAGAACGGCAAAAAAAUUCAAAAUAAAAAAAAAUCAGUAAUGGAUAAACUCGAAGAAACCUAUUGGGCGAACUGGAAACCUGACAAAACUGAAUUGAAAAAGUCAAUGUCUCCUCUAUUACCAAUGAAAAUUCCAAAAACUCCAGAAAUUCAAGUUAUAAAGAGCGCUCCCGAAAGACGGAAAAAAAUUAAAGUGUAUCCACCAUCAGACGACAGUGUUCCAAAGGACCAAGCAGAAAAGAAAGAGAAAAAUAAAAAGAUAUCUAGCAAAUCUCAAGAAAUACAGACCGAGGAUCUUCCCACACUUCCAGAAAUUGUAGAGAAACCAGAAGAAACGAAAAAUGAAUCUGCACUAGAAAUUGUCGAUGUCAGUGCUUCAGAGGAAGCUCCUGUUGACAAAAAAUUUCUAAAACACACCGAUUCUUUCAUUAUCAAUGUUAAGAAACAUCAAGCGGAGAAGGAACAUUUUGAACAACCGAAAUGCAUAAGACUAUAUAGAAAACCGGGGAAGAUCUUGUCCAAAAAUUUCGUUAAAGGUGGUUCUUACCCUCUAAAGUCGUGUUUAAAAAAGGAAAGUAACUUCUCGAAAAGAAGUAGUAAACAUAACAGGCCUGGAAGUCCAAUAAUAGUUUCGAGUAGUUUUGGUACGAAGAAUAGGUUCGGUAAAUUUCAUCGCUGAUAAUUAAAAUUACAUUCCAACAUGUAUCAUUGAAAACAAUAAAAAUAAUAAUACUCUUUA